GCGCAGGGCGCGGGUCGGGUAAAAAUAACGCGGCGCAGGGCCACACAGGCGGCUGGGGCGAGAGUAUAAAAGGCGGUGCCGGCACGGCGGAGUCACUGGCCGGUACCGAGCGCCGGCCGCCACUAGCCCACUCACCCCGUGGAGGGAAGAAUCGCGCUGAGAUCAAGUCUGCAGCCUUCAUCCUCUAGUAGCUAGUUUCAGCCUCUAGUUUCCAAUCUCGUCUCCAGACCCUCUAGUCUUCGCUCUCUAAUCUCCAGUCUCCAGCCUCUAGUCUUGACCCUCAAGUCCCCAGUCUUGUGUCUACUCUCCAGCCUCUAGUCUCCAGCCUUUAGUCUGCGGUCUCUAGUGUCCAGUCUGCAGCCUCUCCAGCGGGCGGGGAUGCAUCGCCAGAAGACCCUGGUCCUCGGAGCCCUGUUCGUCCUCCCUCUGUUCCUCCUCGGCCACCCUGCGCCGCUGCUGGCCGCGCCGGGGCCGUGCCUGGCCCGGGUCACCCCCGUGCGCUUGAACGGACGGGACCUGCGGCCGGAGCGGGCCGGCGCGUCGGACCGGCGCAUCUACCGCCUGAGCGCCUUCGGGCAGACGUUCACCCUGGACCUGGUGCCGGACUCGAGCUUCGUGGCCCCGGGUUUCAGCGUGGAGAGGCUGCGAGGAGGAGGAGGUGGUGGAGGUGGAGGUGGAGUUGGAGGAGGAGGAGAGGGGGAGGAGGAGGAGAGGAGGUUCCGGGCGCUGCGCCGCUGCUUCUACUCGGGCCGGGCUCCCCGAGCAGCGGUCAGUCUGUGCGGGGGGAUGAGAGGCUCUUUCUCCGCCGGCGGCCACCACUACCUAGUGGAGCCACAGGGCGCCGGCCACACGGUGUCCCGGCCUCACCUGCUCCGUCGGAGCGGCUGCCCGGAGCCGCCGGGCUCGGAGCCCGUUCCCCGGGGCAGCAGCAGCAGCAGCGGCGGUGCCAGCGGUCGCCAUAAGAGGUUCGUGUCCGAGGCGCGAUAUUUGGAGACUCUGGUUGUGGCGGACAGCUCGAUGGCGCGGAUGUACGGGGAAGGGUUACAGCACUACCUGCUCACCCUGAUGGCCGUGGUGGCCGGCGUGUACCGGGACCCGAGUGUCCGCAACUUGCUCAACGUGGUGGUGGUGAGGAUGCUGGUGCUGGACUCGGACAGCGACGGUCCCCUCGUAUCCAGCAACGCUGGUCUCACGCUGCGCUCCUUCUGUGCGUGGCAGCGCCGCUUCAACCCGCACAGCGACCGCCACCCCGACCACUUCGACACCGCCCUGCUCUUCACCCGACAGGACAUCUGUGGCCACAAGAGCUGUGACACGCUGGGAGUGGCGGACACGGGCACCAUGUGUGACCCUGUCAGAAGCUGUGCCGUGAUUGAAGAUAAUGGACUCCAGGCAGCGUACACCGCCGCGCAUGAACUGGGUCAUGAAUUGAGCAUGCCACACGACGACUCAAAGGCCUGCGAUAAGCUGUUUGGGCAGAUGAACACAAACCACAUGAUGGCCCCAUUGUUCAUUCGACUCAACAACACCCUCCCAUGGUCUCCCUGUAGUGCAUUUCACAUCACCGAAUUCUUCGACAAUGGUCAUGGAGACUGUCUGCUCGAUGCCCCUACUCAAUCAGUGUCACUGCCCACCGAACUGCCGGGGCAAGUUUACGACUUGGACGCACAGUGCCAGCAGAUUUUCGGGGAGAAGUACAGACACUGUCCAAACACGUCGGACUCUGAUGUGUGUUCCCAGUUGUGGUGCAGAGUCGAGGAUAAGCCCGAGUGCCACACGAAAAACGGGAGCUUGCUGUGGGGAGACGGGACACCAUGUGGGGUUGACAGGAUCUGUGUAGAUGGCUCGUGCCUGGACAUCGAGAUCAUGAACAAGAAGGUUGCUGUUCAGGGAAGCUGGGGUUCCUGGAGUCCAUGGGGAGAAUGUUCCAGAACUUGUGGCGGGGGCGUGCAGUUUUCAUUCAGAGAAUGCAACGAGCCAGUUCCCCAGAACGGUGGGAAAUAUUGCGAAGGGCAACGUAAGCGUUACCGAUCCUGCAACACACAAGAUUGUCCGAACAAUAAUGGUAAGAGCUUCAGAGAGGAGCAGUGUGAAAAGUACAACAGCUGGAAUUACAAAGACUUGGUUGGCAAUACGGUUAAAUGGAUACCCAAAUACUCAGGAGUUUCCCCAAGAGAUCGCUGUAAACUGUUCUGCCACGUCAGAGGGAGAAGUGAAUUUAAUGUCUUUGAACCCAAAGUGAUUGAUGGCACUCCGUGUGCUCCAGAGACCACGUCGGUAUGUGUCCACGGCCAGUGUGUGAAAGCUGGCUGUGAUCACGUUAUAGGAUCCAGCAAGAAAUUUGACAAGUGUGCUGUGUGUGGAGGCAACAGCUCAACGUGCAGGAAAAUACUCGGCUCCCUGAACAAGUUCAAGUAUGGCUACAAUGACAUUGUUACCAUUCCUGCUGGAGCAACCAAUAUUGACAUAAAGCAACGGAGUCACAAAGGAAUUAAACAUGAUGGCAAUUACCUGGCUGUGAAGUUGUUGGAUGAUACGUACAUCCUGAACGGAGAUUACUCCGUCAUCACAGUGGAGCAAGAUAUUCCAAUUGGCGGGGCCAUACUCAAGUACAGCGGCUCUUCCACCACUCUGGAAAGGAUUCAGAGCUUCAAAAAGCUGCAGGAGCCGCUAUCAAUCCAGUUGCUUUCCAUCGCCCCAGAUACACUGCCACCCAGGGUGAAGUACAGUUUCUUCAUCCCCACUGAUGUCUUUUUCAGCAAGCAGAAAGCCAAGUCCACCAAGAACUCCCUCAAUGCCGUCAAGCAAGCCAGCGUCUCGCAGUACACUCCCGGAGAAUGGUCAGAAUGUUCUCGCAGCUGCGGAUCUGGUUGGCAGAGGAGAAACGUGGAGUGCAAGGACAAUGAUGGCAACAUGUCCCUGGACUGUGACAGGGAGUUGAGGCCGGAAGACAUCAGACCCUGUGCUGACAUGCCAUGCCCACUCUGGCAACUUGGCCCUUGGUCCCCAUGCUCAAGAACUUGCGGCAAGGGAGAACGAAAGCGCGGCGUGCUGUGCGUCGAAUACACCGGCAACACCGCGGAGGAGGAUAAAUGUGACCCUUCCAAACAGCUCCAGCCCAUAAUCGAAGAGUGCUUCCAGCAGGAAUGUUAAACUUGGCUACUUUUAUCUGUGGAAAGUGACGUAACUGAUAGCCGGUUGUUAACUGGACACAAGCUUGUUUAGUUUCAGAUUGUGUAGCCAUAGAUAAAAGGAGAAAAUGCACUAACUGACCAAAUAGGUCAACAAAGUAGAGUCAUUUGAUAGAUUACGACAGUAAAAACCACUGUUUAUCUUUGUUAUUUUGCCAGAGAGCUGUCUACCUCAGUUGAUGCUAAGAAUGUUGCCUCUCAGAUGUCGGGCUAACAUACUGUAAUUAUUGUCUCUUCCUGUGCUGCUACUCCAGAUUUAACUCUCGACAAGUUGGCCAUUGCUAAGCCGACAAACCUGUAAUCAUAGUAACUAUAAUUUAAUAAUUAAGAUACAGUCUGUAAUAGUUUAAUAUACAUCCCACACAAGUGUGUACAUUUUAUAGAAGAUUUUAAAACUAAAUUCAGAUGUAGCAUUCCAAUAUUGUACAUAGAGUACCUGAAAUUUCUUACCUUCAAUGAAGGAGUGUAGGUAUUUUUAAGCUUCCUUUCAAAGCUAUUUAUUUUUAUACAAUUUAUAUUUUCAAAUUGUGUUUUCUAGAUGCUGCUGUUACAACUCCAGACUUGUUUUCCUCUUUAUAUAGAUGCUUACUUUGUACAAUUGGCUCCUGUGUGACAAAUAGCAAGACUCCAGACAAACUGAGAGCACAUUAAAAUCUGCUUUAUUUUAUAAAAAUUAUCAAAUCUUUUGUUAUGAACUUUGCCACUUUAUUACUGCGAAAUUUGCUUUGUCUACAGCCCUGUUUUAAUCUUGCACAAUAAAUGGAUUUUAAGUUUUACUCUAUCUCCUGUCAUUCUUAGAUUU